AUGAAAGUGAGCAGCUUCCACGCUCUUCUCCUCGCCGCGGCCUGCUUGAGCGCUCAAGCCACCGCCGACUUCAAGGUCACCCCCGGUGCUACCAUCAAGGCGGCUACCUCGAAGAACGUCAACUUUGUCAAGCAAUGGACCCUGAAGGCCAGCGCCACCACCAAAACGAUCGACUCGAUUGACCUGAGCCUCGCCGGCAACGCUUACAUCAGCUACGUGAGCAAUCUCCCCACCGGCGUGAUUGGCUACGUGAACGUGUCGGGCGACUCGCGCGCUGUCGUCAACGCUGUGACUGUGAGCAAGGAUGUCGACAACGACCUGGACAACGACAAUGACCUCGACGAUUUGUUCGACAGCGACAACGACAAGGGAGGAGAGCUCAACGUUUGGCUCGGCAACAAGGCCACGAGCGGCUACCUGCUUACCGAGAUCUUUUUGGCCUCCCCGGACGCCGUGACGGACGUCAAGAGCCAGCGUUCGGCCAGCGUCGUUAUUGAGGACGGUGUGCUCGUGACGGAAGGCAAGCGCGCGAAGCUGCAGAUUGACGCGACCGGCUCGAGUGCCGUGUACGUCUCGGCCCCUGAGACCGCUGUGAACGUGCGCCAGCUAAGCUUGGAGACGACGGGCUCCGCUAAGAUUGAGUACAGCGUUGAGAGCAUCAACGCUCGCUCUGAGUUCCAGUUGGACGCGCAGGGCUCUUCGAGCAUUACUGUGCUGUCCUCGGCCGUGAAGACCCGUCAGCUUGAGCUGGACGCCGUGAAAUCGAGCAAGAUCUGCAUUAACGCGGCAGAAGUGGGGGCGACGUGGCGCGACAUCCAGGGAAAGAACAAGAUCUCCAUGUCCCCCGACGCGGCCAAGAAGCACGGUACUACGGGCACCUUCGCCUGCAAGGAAUCCAAGCUCCCGGUGCGCCAGGCGGCUCUGAUUACGGGCCCGACCUCCGUUGAUAUCGACGACCUCGACGAUGACCUUGACAACGACCUGAACGAUUCCACCGAGGACUAA